AUGGGCUCUAUCGGGCUUGAUCAUCAUGACCCGCAGCUAGCAGCUGCUCUAUCCAGCAAUGAGGCGGCAGAUAUGGCCACUCUAGACUGCUCAAAGCUAAAGGGGUCUCCCUCAGAGCGGCGUGAGGCUCUUAGACAACUGGACGAAGCCCUUCAAAACUACGGGUUCAUCUACCUUGCCAACCAUGGCAUCUCACAGACACUUUUUGACGAAGCAUUUCAAUGGAUAAUCUCAUACUCCGAGCGCUUCUUUCACCUCGAUCCUUCUACCAAGAAUAUGAUUGCUCGUCCGGCGAGCGACUCCCUGGAUGAUCACUAUGGGUACGCCGCGUACGGUGUUGGGCACAUCAGCCAACUAGUUUUUGGAGAAGAAGAGGUCGAAAAGCAUCACGCUGCCUCCCCUGACCACAAAGAGACGCUGGAAGUCGGCAAUCCGCAUGAGCCAAGUGGAAGCGGCCCAAACCGCUGGCUGCCGGAAAAUAUCUUUCCAGGAUUCCGGAAGUUUUAUGAGGGAUUCUGGGACGCAUGCAACGAAGUCGAAAAAUCACUCCGACAGGCGCUCUGCGAAAUUAUCGGGAUCGAGCUUGACACCCUCUGUCGGAAACAAUCGCUCAAUUUCGGUCACAUCAGCUUCCUCCAUUACCCUCAGAUGGCCCUGAAGCCGCAAGACGGCAAAGACCAGCGGCGAUUGAAUGCGCACACGGACUAUGGCAGCUUGACGCUAGUAUUUCAGGAUAACGUCGGGGGGUUGGAGGUCCAUGACGGACAGGUGUUUAGGCCCGUCAUUCCCAAGCCGGGAACCAUCGUCGUCAACGUCGGCGAUAUGUUGGAACGCCAAUCGAAUGGGAGGUGGAAGAGCGCCUUGCACCAAGUGGUUGGUCCUAGGAAGGAGGCAAUAGUGGAGGGGUUCGAGACAUCCAAGACUCUUCUCGAUCGAUACUCCAUCGCAUACACUGGAGCAGUAGACCCAGAGGUGAUCAUUGAAACAUUGCCGGGAUGUGAGGUACCGGGCCGAUGGAAACCUAGCAUGGCGGAUUGUGACGAGGAGAAGCCAGUUACCUCAUAUGAGUGGCUCCAGAAAAGAGUAGCAGCAGAGUACCAUCAGACUUCAUAA